UCAUUUCCCCCAGAGGGCACACACAAACACCAAUACAAACACGAACACGAAGCCGACCACGCUAAACCAAAUGCGAAUCAUCCAAAAAUAAGGCUAAGCACCACUCAUUAGUCAUUACUCUGACUCUCUUCCGUUACUGCCAUGCCCUGCUCUUCCCCCUUCUUCCAUGGCUAUCUCCGCACAACUUCACACCUCGCCAUGUCCCUUAAACCUACACGCAAUUUCCGCUUCCACUUCCACAACAUUUCUUCUUGUUCUUGUCCUCGAACACCUUUCUCUCUCCACGAAUUUGGGCAACAAAAGUCCUUUAAAACCCUAGUGUUUGGGCCCCUUCUAUGGCGGCCGAUAACUUGCCGAGUAGCGGCUGUCGGCGCGUCUAAAGGAUCCUUUGAACUGUUGCGCCGGAGCAAUGGGGAAUUGCCAUACUUGUUUCAGCAGAAUAAGGAGUUUGGAAGGUUUGCUUGUGAAGAUUAUUCAGAGGAUGAGUCUGAUCGAGAAGUUGAUUCUGCACACCAAAUAAAUUCUUCAACACUUGACAAUAUUGAGGAAUGGAGAUGGAAAUUCACAAUGCUUUGUCGAAACAAAGAUGAACAAGAAGUGGUGUCAAGGGAGAGAAAGGACAGGCGCGACUUUGAUCAACUUACUGCUUUGGCAACGAGAAUGGGUUUGCAUAGCCGUCAAUUUUCCAAAGUGGUUGUCUUUAGUAAAGUUCCAUUACCAAAUUAUCGCCAUGAUCUAGAUGAUAAGCGGCCACAACGGGAGGUUGUACUUGGAUUUGCUCUGCAACAGGAUAUAGAUAUUCUUCUCAAGAGGCACCUUUCUAAAAAAUCCAUGAAUGAAGGGGUUAUUCCAAAUUACACUAUUUCGGGGAACAAUUCCUAUUUAAAUAAGCAGGAAGUAUCAUACCAUCAGCCUGAGCCCACGGCAGAGAUCAAUGCCGCCAGGGAGAGAUCCCUUCGGCGGAAAAGUUUGCAAAUCCGGGAUCAGCAGCAAGAGUGGCAGGAUUCACCGGAGGGUCAGAAGAUGUUGAAAUUUCGAAGAAGUCUACCAGCAUACAAAGAAAGAGACGCUUUAUUGAAGGCCGUCUCAGAAAAUCAGGUAGUAGUUGUAUCUGGUGAAACUGGGUGUGGUAAGACAACUCAACUUCCUCAAUACAUUUUAGAGUCUGAAAUUGAAGCUGCCCGUGGAGCUAGUUGCAGCAUUAUCUGCACACAGCCAAGAAGAAUAUCAGCUAUGUCUGUUUCAGAGCGAGUUGCUGCAGAACGAGGGGAGCAACUUGGAGAAUCAGUUGGGUACAAAAUAAGAUUGGAGGGGAUGAAAGGGAGGGAUACACGCCUCCUUUUCUGCACAACUGGUGUACUGUUGAGGAGGCUGCUUGUUGACAGAGAUUUGAGGGGUGUGAGUCAUGUUGUUGUUGAUGAAAUUCAUGAGCGUGGCAUGAACGAAGAUUUUCUCCUGAUUGUCUUGAAAGAUCUCCUGCGCCGUCGUCCAGAUUUGAGGUUGAUAUUGAUGAGUGCAACCCUGAAUGCUGAGCUCUUUUCCUCUUUCUUUGGUGGAGCUCCUAUGCUACAUAUUCCUGGUUUCACAUAUCCUGUACGGGCUCACUUUCUGGAGAAUAUCUUGGAAACAACUGGGUAUAGGCUGACCCCCUAUAAUCAGAUUGAUGAUUAUGGUCAAGAAAAGACAUGGAAAAUGCAGAAACAAACUCUUAGGAAGAGAAAGACACAAAUUGCUUCGUCAGUAGAGGGGGCACUAGUAGACUCUGAUUUCAAUGGGUUUAGUCAUCGGACUAGAGAUUCAUUGUCGUGCUGGAACCCAGAUUCAAUUGGUUUUAAUCUCAUUGAACAUGUGUUAAGCCAUAUAUGUAAGAAUGAAAGACCUGGUGCGGUUUUAGUUUUUAUGACUGGUUGGGAGGAUAUUAAUACUUUGAAGGACCAGCUGCAAGCUCAUCCUUUACUUGGAGAUCCGAGCAGAGUUUUGCUGCUUGCUUGCCAUGGUUCCAUGGCUAGCGCUGAACAGAGGCUGAUAUUUGAUAGGCCUCCAAAAGGAGUGAGGAAGAUAGUGCUUGCUACAAACAUGGCAGAGACCAGUAUCACCAUUAAUGACGUGGUAUUUGUUGUUGACUGUGGUAAAGCAAAAGAGACAUCAUAUGAUGCAUUGAAUAACACUCCCUGCUUACUACCUUCCUGGGUCUCAAAAGCUGCUGCUCGGCAGCGAAGAGGAAGAGCUGGUCGUGUUCAACCAGGGGAGUGCUACCAUCUUUAUCCAAAAUGUGUCUACGAUGCUUUUAGUGAUUAUCAAUUGCCUGAGCUUUUGAGGACGCCUCUACAGUCCCUCUGUCUUCAGAUAAAAAGUUUACAGCUUGGUGGUGUUUCUGAGUUUCUGUCAAAGGCUCUGCAACCACCAGAACCAUUAUCGGUUCAAAAUGCUAUUGAUUUUUUAAAGACAAUUGGAGCUCUGGAUGAAAAUGAAAAUCUCACCGUGCUUGGUCAGAACUUGUCCGUGCUUCCUGUGGAGCCGAAACUAGGGAAAAUGCUAAUAUUGGGGGCUAUGUUCAAAUGCCUAGACCCAAUAAUGACUGUUGUUGCUGGUUUAAGUGUUCGAGACCCGUUCCUAAUGCCAUUUGACAAAAAGGAUCUUGCAGAGUCAGCAAAGGCUCAGUUCUCUGCUCGUGAGUUCAGUGACCAUCUUGCCCUUGUUCGAGCUUAUGAAGGAUGGAAAGAUGCUGAAAGACAACAAUCUGGUUAUGAAUACUGUUGGACAAAUUUUUUGUCUGCCCAGACUCUGAAAGCUAUUGAUUCUUUGCGGAAGCAAUUCUUCUCCUUGCUUAAAGAUACAGGUCUUGUUGAGUCCGAUAAAGAAACCUGUAACAAGUGGAGCCAUGAUGAGCAUCUUGUUCGAGCAAUCAUUUGUGCAGGUUUAUUCCCUGGUGUUUGUUCAGUUGUGAACAAAGAAAAGUCAAUAAUGUUGAAAACAAUGGAAGAUGGGCAGGUCCUUUUGUAUUCGAAUUCAGUAAAUGCACAAGAACCUAAAAUACCAUAUCCCUGGCUUGUUUUUAAUGAGAAGAUCAAGGUCAAUGCUGUCUUCCUGAGGGAUUCAACGGCAGUGUCAGAUUCUGUAUUGUUGCUGUUUGGGGGAAAAAUUUCAAGGGGUGGACUGGAUGGACACCUAAAAAUGCUGGGCGGAUACUUAGAGUUCUUCAUGAAACCUGGCUUAGCAGAAACCUACUUAUCCUUGAAAAGAGAAUUCGAGGAGCUUAUUCAUUGCAAGCUAGUGGAUCCGAAGUUGGACAUGCAAAGUUACGCCGACCUACUAUCUGCCGUGAGAAUGCUGAUAUCAGAAGACCAAUGUGAGGGUAGAUUUGUCUUUGGUCGUCAAUUGCCAACUCCAUCGAAGAAGGCAGGUAAAGCGACGAAUGCAAAGGGUGAGAAAAUCAGUGGUGACGAUAAUUCUAAAAGCCAAUUGCAAACUUUGCUUGCAAGAGCAGGGCAUGAAGCUGCUGCGUACAAGACUAGACAACUGAAGAACAAUCAGUUCCGUUCUACUGUAAUAUUCAAUGGCUUGGAGUUUGUUGGUCAACCUUGUAACAAUAAAAAGCAGGCGGAAAAGGAUGCCGCUGCAGAAGCUUUACAAUGGUUGAUGGGUGAUACCCCUUCAUUUCGGGGAGAUGUAGAUCAUUUGUCAAUGUUUAUGAAGAAAACUAAGAAGAAGCAUGGCAAAGGAACAUAGCUGUGUACUUGUGGAAUCGUCCCAACACUCUUUCCUGAAAUAUAAGAGAGUUGCAUCUUUGCUGCAUCAGAAGUUCACUAGAUACCGGAAAUGGAUCUCAGUUAUGAACAGGUUUGGACUCUGGAAGUCAAAUUUUUCUGUUACUAACUGGUACGGCCUUCUCAGCCUGGUUUGUGUUCUGGGUUAAUGAGGACAAUUCGAAGCAACUCUGAUGGUCGAGUCUACGAUGAGGCUUACAAAUAUUGGAAAUCUUAACUGUUAUAUGGGACGUGAUGGUGGGUGUCUGUUUUGGUUGAAUAUAUGAGUUUAAACUCAUACCCUUGAUACCCCACAUUAAAAGCAAGUUGAAGAGCUUUGGUCGGUGGUGAUUUUUUUUGUAGAUAAAUAUGAAAUUGACCAAUAUACCACAUUGACUUCUUCAUUAAGGAAUAUAGCGUGUUGAUAAAAUGUGAAUUUAUUCAACUAGAAAUGCAAUUCGUUCGUUGUUCAGCAACCAAUGUAGGAUGGGUGGAAAGAAGGGAAAAUGCCAGGAUAUUUGACAACGGAUGCUCAGUUGUAGACGUGGAUGCUUUUAUGACAGGCAUUGCUAUAAAAGUAUGUCUUGGCUAGGGUAAGACAAAGAGGAUGAUAAGUUUUGUUUAGGUUCUAUCAGAUAUAGUUCAACUUUUCUCGGCACUGCAGCAUGGAGGAUGGAUGUGCAUUUUGUUUUGGAUUUGCACUACCUGUAAGUGCUAUAGGUCUGUAGUUGGAGAGGAUGACGGGAAGAUCGUAAGUUUGAAAUUUAUAAUAUUUUUGGUGCACGCACUUGAUUGCAUAAUUUUAACGUUAGAAAUGCCACAUUUUUUUACUCACUAGUUUUCUUUUAAUUGUUGAACUUGCGCUUUGUAUGCAUGUCAAUGUAAAACUUUGUGGACAUAUAUCUUUAGUUUUGUAUUUAUAAAAAUUAUAAAAAGUACAUAUUAAUAAAAAUGUUAUUUUAUAUGUA